GCCGAUCCUGAGAGGCCCAAGGGAUUGUUAGCAGGUGGAUAAACAAUGCGGCGCAGGCAUCCAAGGCGCGGUUUAUUUAUAAAGAUUGGGUUCCGAGUGAUCCAAUCUGGCCCAGAAUUGUUCUAGACCUGACACAUUCUGCUCAGGAACCUCUAAUGCACUGUAGCAGAGCACAGGAUCUUGUGCCACUGCUUGGACGCGGAAGGGGACUGAACGAAGAUACUUCCAUGUUGAGGCUACCAAAUCUCUGAAGCACGGACAAGCUGAUAGCUAAAGAGUACCGCCACCUCGAUCAAAAGCUGAGAGCUUGCUCUCUCGCAGCAAUGGUGUCGGCAAACCUGCGGCUCGUGGCCGCGUUCUUGCUGCCGUUCCUUGCCAUCGCCUCCGCGUUUGAUCUCUUCCACCAGACUGGGCCACGGAUGGAUCCAAAGAUGGUGCCGAUGGGAGGCGGCCAGCCUCUCUUCAUCCCGCACGAGUACGUCCGCUCCGCCGACGUCAAGCGGCAAUGCCGGUCGGUGCUGUCCGCCGCCACCGAGCUCACGUUCGACGCCAACCGCGCCAACGCCCUCAUGCCGGAGCUCAGCUUCGUCAAGGGGGACUGGAAGCAGGACGACGACGGCGUGCCGCUGAUGCCGUUCGACGGCACCGACGUGUCGGGCGAUCAGGCGCCGGACCCGCUGCGGCUGGCCUCGUUCAUGCUCACGCACGUCGACGUGGGGUUCCGGGGGAAAACGGCCCUCAACGUCAGCGGCGUGCUCGGCGUCGCCGUCUCCCGCAACGGCACGGGCCCCGUGAUGGGGACGUACGUGUCGCCCGAGCUCAAGGUGUGGCCCGGGAGCACCGAGCUUAAGAUCCUCUUCGAGGGCGUGUACACCGAGAACGGCGACGGCGAGAGCGUGCUCUGCAUGGUCGGCGACGCCCUGCUGCCGAGGCGCGGCAGCGACGGCGGCAACCCCUGGGACUGGGCCAAGGACACCGGCCGCGACAGCUUCCAGCCGCCGGUCACCAAGGACGGAAACCUACUGCUCGUGCUCCGGUACCCGACGACGCUCACGCUGACGACGCGCGCCGUGCGCGGCGAGCUGACGAGCACGAGCGCCAAGUCGGACGUCGCGUACUUCGACGCCGUGCACCUGCUGUCGCAGCUGGGCGCCUACUCCAACUACAAGUUCGGCUCCGAGAAGCUCGUGGACAGAGCGUGCAGCGCUCACCCUUACCGCGACGACAUCCUCGGCGGCGGCCGGGGCCUGUACAGGGGCAACUCCUUCUGCGGCAUCCUCGACCGGUUCACGUCGGAGGACGUGCUCGCCGUCGUCCCGAACUGGCGGUGCAACUCCACGGACGCGUUCUGCCGAAGGCUCGGGCCGUUCGAGACGGACAAGACCGUCGACGCGACGGACGGUGCCUUCACGGACGUGAGAGUCGUGAUGCAGGACGUCCGGUGCGAGCCGAGGAACGCCCCGGGCGGCGAGAGCACGGCGCGGGUGUCGGCCGUGUUCCGCGCCGUGCCGCCGUGGGAGCACAAGUACUCGGCGGGGAAGCGGAGCGGGCUCGGCGGCACGACCCUCUCGGCCGAGGGGGUGUGGCGCGCGUCCACGGGGCAGCUCUGCAUGGUGGGCUGCCUCGGCGUCGGCGCCGAGGCGUGCCACUCCCGCGUGUGCCUGUACGUGCAGACCACCUUCACGGCCACCCGCCGCAGCCUCACGGUGGGGCAGAUCACCCGCGUCGACGGCGGCGGCGGCGGCGUUGCCCACUUCCCGCUCACGAUCAAACACACGGUGCACCCGAUGGAGCUCUGGAGCCGGUUCGGCGUCUCGGGCGGCGCGCCUCUGAGCAUGGCGUACAACUACACGAAGGUGCGGCAGGCCAGCGAUUUUCUGAGGCGCAGCGAGCCGUUCGAAUUCGGGGCCGCCCUCGCCAAGUCGCUCCUCAGCUACCCGAAGAAAGCCGAAGGCCUCAACGACGACGCGAUGAGCUUGUCCAGCCUCGCGGCCGACCUCACCCUCCACGUCGCGGCCGUGCCAGACCCGUUCCCUCGUGAACGGUUCGAGCGGUCGUUCUUUCAGCUGGAGGUGCUCUCGCUCGGAUCACUCGUCGGCCGUACCUCGAUAGAGCAGUUGGCUACGGAGUUUCCCGGAAUGCCCGGCGAGCUCGGAGGGGGCAAAGCGUCCUCCUGGACGUCGUCGCAGUCAGAGUCCUCAUCGACGACGUCGUCGUCGUCGCAGCCAGCAGAGUCAUCUCUUCUCAACGUGUCCGCCGAGGUCUCGCUGUCCGGGAAUCCUUACGGGAACGUGUCGAGCUUGUUCAUGGAAGGCGUGUACAAUCCGGUGAAUGGACGGAUGUACCUGAUCGGCUGCCGAAGCAUUCAAGCGACUCGGCAAACCUUCUCGGCGCUGAAAGAGGUCGAGGAUGGCAUGGACUGCUCGAUCGAGAUGAGGGUGGAUUACCCGCCGACGACGGCGCGGUGGCUGAUAAACCCCACGGUGAAGGUGCACGUAGCCAGCACGCGCGACCCCGGCGACCCGCUGCACUUCAACGCGACCAAGCUCCAGACGCUGCCGAUCAUGUACCGGGAGCAGCGGCAGGACAUCCUGUCCCGGCGCAGCGUCGAGGGGAUCCUCCGCAUCGCGACGCUGGCGGCGGCCAUCGCCGUGGAGCUGAGCCAGCUGAUGUACAUCAAGGCGAACACCGACGUGAUGCCGUACGUGUCGCUGGUGAUGCUGGGCGUGCAGGCGGUCGGGUACAGCGUGCCGCUGAUCACCGGCGCCGAGGCCCUGUUCGCCCGCAUCGCCGCGGGCUCUGACGACGGCGCCGUGCCGCCGUCGUACGAGGUGGACAAGAGCAGCCUGUACUGGACCAUCGACUGCAUCGUGAAGAUCCUCAUCCUCGCCGCGUUCCUCCUGACGCUCCGGCUGGCGCAGAAGGUCUGGCGGUCGCGCAUCCGGCUGCUGACGCGGUCGCCGCUGGAGCCCGGCCGCGUGCCGAGCGACCGGAAGGUGCUGGUCUACAGCCUCGGCGCGCACCUGGUGGGCUUCGCGGUGGUCCUGGCGGCGCACUACGUGAACGUGUACAGCCGGCCGGUGCGGGACGACGGGUCGUACAUGGACGCGCGCGGGAGGACGCACGCGCUGCGGGAGUGGGCGGUGACGCUGGAGGAGUACAUCGGGAUGGCGCAGGAUUUCUUCCUCCUCCCGCAGGUGGUCGGCAACGUGGUGUGGCGGAUCAACUGCAAGCCGCUGAAGAAGAGCUACUACGUCGGCGUGACGGCGGUGCGGCUGCUGCCGCACCUGUACGACUACAUCAAGGCGCCGGCCAUCAAUCCCUACUUCGCCGAGGAGUACGAGUUCGUGAACACGAGCCUGGACUUCUACUCCCGGUUCGGCGAUGUGGCGAUCCCGCUCGUGGCCGUGGCGCUGGCCGCCGCCGUGUACGUGCAGCAGAGGUGGAACUACAAGAUCAUCAGCAAGACCGUGAAGACGCAGCAGAAGAAGCUGCAGCACCUCGGGUCCAGGGUGUACGAGCGGCUGCCGUCCAUGUCGUCGGGGAACUUCGAGGCCGAGCUCGUCUCCGGCGUCAACGAGGGCGUCGGCCUGCGGCGGGACACCAGCUUGAGCUGAGCGCCUGAGCCAUCGUCUGUUGAUCAGCUAGCUAGCUCGUUUGCUUUACUUCUUUGUGUGUGUGAUGCGAUCGAUGCUAUUUGUGUUCCCCUUUGUCUUCACAAAUCACAACAGAAAAUGUGUACUAGCUCAAUAAAAUUUCUCUUUUUUUACAAAAAAUAUUUAUUUA